UGUUGCUUCCUGCAAGAUAAUCCACUGUGAUAUUCAGAUGCUGGGGUUUCGGAAAAUGCCCCUGGAGUUCAGGAUCAAGGGGGACAUCCAUUUUCAGUGGGCAUCUCAGAUCCGGCAGAAGAAAGUGACUUUGGUGAGCUUGGCAAAGAUUUCCUAUGAUGACAAAAAGUACUCACAAAAGGAAGGCUUUAUCCAGACCAAGGUGCAGACAGUGGUGGAGUGCAUAGAGCACUACAAUUUCCUUCCUAUGAUCAUUGGCAGCACAGUUGGUGGACUUGUCCUUCUCGCUCUGAUUGUUGCAGUCCUGUACAAGGUUGGAUUCUUCAAACGCCAGUAUAAGCACAUGCUGAGUGAGGCUGAGCCUGGCAACGAAGCCACUGAACCUAUUGACCCCACGCCUCAAAGCACAGACUCCCCUCCUCCUGACAAAGGCGCUGCCUACUAAGAACCUUCCUCUAUGAUUUUAGGAACUCUGUGACUGUCACAGGCUUAUCUGAAGAAUGUAAGACAAGCCCAUUAAUUCAUGGGCGAUCACUCUGGCUGAAUAUGAUUGUCUUCCAAAGGUAGAGUCUUAGUGGUGAGCCUGUAAAUAACUGUGAAGGCAUCUUCUGGAUCCACAUGGACUUUCAUCUUCUGGAUCCACAUGGUCUUUCAUACUGGGGACAUAGGUAUCCAGAUGGAAGGUGGUCACAACAAGGGUUUGCUUGACACGUCUUCUUCUCAGCAUGUUUCUGACUUUCACCCUGUAUUUGUGCUUCUUCAUAACACUGUUGAUAAUGGCUGACCUCCAGUUACAAUGCUCAAAUGUCAGGGCUUCUCAGUUCUUGAUGUUUAUACCACAUUUUUAAGAUUGGCUUUCAGCCCAUCUUUAAAUUUCUUAAAUCUCUCCACCAACAUUUUGUGUUCUUAAGUUGAGAGGAUGAGACUAAUCAGGACAGGACUAUUGAGCCCAGCAUCCUGUUUUACACAGUGGCUAGCCAGAUGUACCAGGAAAAAAUGUACAAGCGGGACUGAAGAGCAGUAGCCUAUCUCCACUGUUGUCAUAGAAUUAUAGAGUUGGAAGAGACUUCGUGAGCUAUCCAGAUCAACCCCCUGCUAAGAAGCAAGAAAAUUACAUUCAAAGCACCCCUGACAGAUGGCCAUCCAGCUUGUUUAAAAGCCUCUAAAGAAGGAGCCUCCACCUCACUCCAGGGCAGAGAGUUCCACUGCUGAACAGCUCUCACAGUUAGGAAGUUCUUCCUAAUGUUCAGGUUGAACCUCCU